AUGCCUGCAGAGGCUGAGGGUGGGGGAGACCAGAUACCUGAUCACCGAGGAAGGAGGCGGGGAGGAGGGAGCAAGACACCUGUUCGGGGGGAGGGGAAGGGGAAGGGAAAGGUCUCAGGCCUCCCUGAGGAGACAUCCCUGUCCUGGGCCCUGGAGGCCCACCCUAGACUUGGACUCCCUGAACCUUCCCACUCCCCGCUCCCUGCUCCCCCGCUCCCUGCAGCAGAUGCCUGGACCUUGGCCCCUGCUGGGAGCAGUUGCUGGUCCUGCCUAACUCAGCAGCUCCAGGUAUGGUGGGGAGAGAGAAGAGGACGAGAGUGGCAAGCUGGCUUUCAGGGUCCUUGGAGGAGAUCUUCACACCUGUGGCUGGCCCAGCUGGGACAAGAGGCUGACACCUGGGUCCAUGAGCCUUCCUGGUUAAUGAUCAGCCAGCAGCAGAGCAGGCGGGGUCCUGCUGGUGUCCAGGGAGAGUCCGAUGCGAUGCGGAGGAAGGAGCCCUGGAGCACAGCCACCCUUGGGGAGGGCAGGGUGACCCCAACUGUCUACUGUGAAGGCAUCUUCCGGCGCCUCAAUAGGCGUCGUGGCCAGCUGAUUGCCUACAGCCUGGUGUUUGAGGACCCUGCCUCAAUCCAAGAUCCAGACUCAGACACUGACUCAGAUGGGCCGGGGCCUGGCCCGAGGGUUGGGAUUGGGAGCGAGAGGGGUGGUCCCCCACAGGAAGGUCCCAUAGCCGAGCUGGAAUGGGACCCCACUGGGGAUGUGGGGUGGCUGGGUGCCCUCAGGAGCAGGAGAGUCUGGACACCGGGGUCCCCCUGUGAAGUGUGUGGACAUGCUGAGCCCCUGGGGGUGUGGUCCCUCCGGCCGUGGGGUGCCCCCCGGCCUUCUUUCCGCACUCAGGCCAGGAAGCAGCCGAGCCCCCAAGACGUGACUGUGCAGAUCCCUCUGGGCGCUGGGGGUCCCAAGGAGCGGGGAGCUCAGCCCCGCUGGACCCACCGCACCCUCCUAUUCCUGCUGCUUCUGCUCCUGCUGGGGGUGGCAUGUCUUCUCCCUCCCCCCGGGGGGCCUCACUGCCACCCACCCCGGCUCCGGCUCCGUGGGCCCCUGCACCUCGUCCUCAACUAUGUCAACGGCCCUCCCCCGACCUGAGGCCCCGUGGCCUUCCAAGGAGACCCCAUUUUCUUCCUUUGGAU